AGUCAAUGUGAUGUGUUUGAACAUAUCUUGUUUAAGUGUCCCCUGUAUAUUAUCCACAUAUUGUUGUAAACACGCAACACGACAGGAGAUAAAUCAAUAAUGCUGCACGAUUUGAAAAGUGAUUGACAAGUUUUGGAACUACACAUUCAAACUGGCACAUCAGUUUUGGUUCUCGUACCCGCCGCCAGGCGCGGGAAGCGCUAGUGGAAAUAAAGAUAAACAAGCCCAAACAGAAGAAGAAAAACAGCGGUCCCAACGAGAACAACGACAAUUGGAUCACGAUUAUAGUGUAAAGGAACAGCAACGCACUCAACGUGAACAAUGGGAAAUACGCCAAUUAGAUCAUGAUUUGUUACAACAGAGACACAAUGAACAGCAACGUAUUGAACGAAAUCGUGUAGAAGAAAUUGAAAAAGAAAAAGAACGUGAACGUAGUCGAUGUGAUUAUGAUGAUGACAGUUUAUUAUCAAUUUGCAGAGCGCCAAUAGCAAGCUUAGACUGUAUGGAGGAAUUCAGUGCAGGUAGUGCACCAAGUGGUCUAGGGGAUAUAACCAUCACCAAAGAACAAUUAUUACUUUCUGGGCUAAGUCAAGCAGCCGUAAAUGCUACGGGUCCAAAUCCAUCACAACUGGCUCGGCAAGGUUCUGUCACACCAGGAUUGCGAUAUCGCAAUCUUGGAAAAUCGGGGCUUCGCGUAUCAAAUGUUGGACUAGGUACUUGGCCAACAUUCAGUCCAGGAGUUACUGAAGAGCAGGCUGAACAAGUACUUCUUCUAGCCGUUGAUAGUGGUAUCAACGUAUUUGACCUUUCAGAAGCACACUCAGGUACACGAGCUGAAACAGAACUAGGACGCAUUUUACAAAGACGAGGAUGGAAACGAACGAGUUAUAUUGUUACUACUAAAAUUUACUGGAGUACAAAAUCCGACGAACGAGGUUUAUCAAGAAAGCAUAUCAUUGAAAGUGUUAAAGCAAGUUUAUUUCGUCUUCAAUUAGCUUAUAUAGAUGUAGUUAUUGUUCAUAAAGCAGAUCCCAUGUGCCCUAUGGAAGAGGUUGUGAGAGCUAUGAAUUAUGUUAUAUCCCAAGGAUGGGCUAUGUAUUGGGGGACUGCAAGAUGGUCGCCAGUAGAGGUCAUGGAAGCUUACACCAAUUGCCGACAGUUUAAUUGCGUAACUCCAAUUAUGGAACAAGCCGAAUAUCACAUGUUUUGUCGGGAAAAAACUGAGCUUUAUAUGCCAGAAUUGUACAAUAAAAUUGGCGUAGGUUUGAUGGCAUGGUCUCCUAUUACCAUGGGUAUUUCUCAGAAAGAUGAUACGCUUUUAUUUUCACGAUCAAGCUUUAAAAAUAAGUAUAGUUCAUUUUCAUGGACGGAAGAUGAAACAGCAGCAGCAAAUAAAGAAAGUUAUACUUGGCUUAAAGAUCGACUACAACCUGAAGAAUCACGGCGUCAAUCUGAUAAGUUACGAGACAUAGCUAAUUUGGCUGAAAAAUUAGGUUGUACUAUUUCACAAUUGGCAGUUGCCUGGUGUCUUAAAAACGAAUCUGUACAGUGUCUUUUACUUGGAGCAUCUACGGUUGAGCAACUUUAUGAAAACAUUCAGUCGUUGCAGUUGUUACCGAAAUUAAAUACAACAACAAUGGCUGAAAUUGAACGAAUAUUAGAAAAUAAACCUUCAAGGCCACCAAUGGUGUCAACUCUGGCGCUUAGAUGACAAUCAAUGUGCCCACCUGGAUCCAUUAGCAGUGGUGGUGGUCCGGGUGGGCAAAGUAAUGCUGAAAGUCCUAAAGAAAUUGAUGAAAUAAGCAAUGCUGAAACAGAACCUAAAGAAAAUCAAAAAUUACCAUUUUGUGAAAUUCAGUGACAAAAGGUUAGCGAGUUAAUUAAAACUCGAAAAUCGAAGAAGAAACAAGAAAAGAGUCCUGAUAAAUCAUCAGAUGAUAUCAGUCCAAUAAAUCCUAUUCAAAUGGUCACUGCUAAAAAAUUAAGUAAAAACAAUGAUAUAAGUCCAGUAAAGGUAUGAAACCAAAACUGUUAUUUAAUUAACUUUUCUACAUAAAAAUGUCUUCAAUAUGAAAUUUAUUUGCACCGCUACAAUAAACAAAAAUAAUAAGCUUAAGUACCGCGCUCCAAAGUAAGUAAGUGCAAUGAUUCAAUGAUUUAAUAACUAACACUAUUUAUUCACAUAGUAAUGGAGUACGCUGAGAAAUUUUGUAUCUGCAGAAAAAAAAAAUUUAAACGUUCAAUAAAAUCCAAG